AUGGGGACAGGCACAGCUGACACAUUGCCUGAAUGUGUCAUUCGCAAAAUACUCUGUUAUCUUAGUUAUGGAGAAGCAACCCGGAUGAGAAUUCUCUCCAAAACAUGGCUACAGGCCUGGUUGACUCUUCCCAACUUGGCAUUCGGAGUCUCUUCUGGCGAAAGCAUAACAAUAGUGGAUGAAGUCACGAAGAGAUAUAGGAACGGAAAUAUCCCUAUUGACAGGUUUGAACUUCACAACUUUACGGAACCUGACGGUCUUUUCCCUCUGAUUGAUAAGUGGCUUGGCAUUGCUCUUCAAAAUGGUGUAAAAGAUCUAGUGUAUAGAGAUGUUAGAUAUUCAUCAUCAUAUCCCUUCCCUAUUUUUAUAUUCUUGGCAGCAGAAUCUUUACGAGAACUAGUCCUGACGGGUUGUGAUCUGAUGCAUAUUUCGUUAUCUACUAGUCGUCUGGUGAACUGCCAUUCUUUGAGAAAGCUUUCUCUAUCUUGUGUCCAUUUAGACGAGAACAUGCUUCAGACUCUACUCACUAGUUGCCCCUUGAUUGAUACUUUAAUCAUCGAGCAUUGUAUUGGUCUGAAUAAAAUUGAGCUCCGGAAUCUUCAUAAGAUCACGUCACUUACCAUUAAUAUUCACCGACGUGUUAAAAUUCAAGCACCAACUCUUGAACACUUGUCUUAUUCUAGUUAUUCUUUGGAAGAAUUGGAUAUUGUUGAAUAUCAUAAUCUGAAAUCUUUAGAGAUAUCAUGUAUGAAAAUAUCUAAAGGAUUUCUCGAGCACCUUAUCUCUAGACCUCACUUCCUUGAGAGUUUGAAAUUGGUUAAAAUUACUUCAGGAAGUUUUGACAUCUGCAGGAGUCAAUCCCUAAGGGUCUUAAAGAUUCAGAAUUGCGAGAUCAUAGGAACAAUUGAUGCUCCAAAUUUGCUAUUAUUUGAGUAUAAAGGACGACAUGUUAUUCCUCAACUUAAAUUUGCAAGAGAAUCAAGCCAAUUGAAGCACUCACAGAUCAUUCUUGAUUCCUUGUACAAUUUAGAUGCUGCGUGGUUUUGUAAGUUGAGAAAAUUUCUAUCAAAUUCGACCUCUUGGUCUCAAGUUACCCUUUAUUUUCUCAAAUGCAAUGAGAUCAACAUGAAAUAUUUGCAACUGCUCCAUAGAAUUGCUACCCCACAAGUGGACAUUUUAGAUGUAAAAUUUUUAACGCCGACUGGGGAGUGCCCAACGUUUGUGGAUGCUUUGCUAUGGAGUUGUCAUCCUAGGAGACUCAACCUACACUCAACAAGUGAAAUGUUUACAUGUUUCAUCAAUCGUUUGAUGUAUAUGAAGAAUCUGAGUCACUCACAUUCUCAUGAAAGCGAGCCUUGGCAGAGUCAAUUAAAAGAGGCAAAAGUCUACAAAUUUGAUCAGGAAAGUCAGAGUUGGCAUCCUGUAGAACACAAAAGAGGAGAGCUCUCAAUAAGGACCACUAGAUGUUCUCACAUGCUAUCAGAUAUUGUGAAUUCGGGUGACCGCAAGUUUUUCAUUUCUUACUGCUGGAAAAGAAAUGUUAUUGCAAAUUAUUUGAAGCAAGAGGAAGUAUUGCUGGUUUCAUGUGAAUUACCAACAGUUACAAGACCACAGAGUAGUGUUCCAGAACUUUACUGUUUUUCCUUAGCCUAUGCUCUCAAUAUCCUGUUUAAUGUGGCUUCCUUUUUGGGUACCUUUGUUCUUGGUUUUAACUUCCCUCAGAUUAAAGAAGAAAAUAUUGGUGAAGAAUGUCGCAACUCUGUUGAAAGAAAGUGGCAACUUUAUCAUAAGAAAAUUGAACAGAAAACUUAUUAA